GUGUGCGUGGUGCGCGUGUUGCGAAAAAAGUUCUUGAAAAAAACAAUUUUGUGGCGAAAGAAAACCACCGAUCCAUCUGCAAAUUGUGCUACUAAAAAGAGCACAAAACAGCCCGUGAACCAACGGUGGAAUUGUUUCGUUGGCUGCUUUGCACGGUUGGCUUGGGCCAGAUAUGUAAAUACAGCCACGAGUCUGCUACACUUUUGAACCCACUACAAAACCGCUACACCGGAAGACGACGCUACUUUGAGAGACCGCCAAGCCCUAGUCCAAGAUGUCUCGGUAUCCGCACGACGCCAAGGUUUAUGUUGGUGAGUUAGGUAAUAACGCCAGCAAGCAGGACAUCGAGGAAGCGUUCGGAUACUACGGACCACUGCGGAACGUCUGGGUCGCCCGCAAUCCGCCGGGCUUUGCCUUCGUGGAGUUCGAGGAUGCGCGCGACGCCGAGGAUGCGGUGCGCGGUCUCGAUGGGCGAACGAUUUCCGGUCGCCGCGCCCGGGUAGAACUAUCCACGGGCCGUGGAGGUCGUGGUGGCGGAGGAGGUGGACGCGGUGGACCGCCGCGCGGUGGAGGUAAAGCUGGCGGCCGGUUCCAAUCGGAUGACCGGUGUUACGAGUGUGGCGGUCGGGGCCAUUUCGCCCGCGACUGCUCGCGUCGUCGUGGUCGCAAAAGAUCGCGUAGUCGCAGCCCACGGUCACGAUCUCGCGAGCUAAGGACGCGUUCGCAGAGCUACAGCCGGUCGCGGAGCCGUUCCCGCGACCGUGGAUCGCGGACAAAGACGACGCCGAAGCGUGCCGCACCCAACAACCGUUCGGUGAGCAAAUCGCCCCGUCGCCUGUCGAGAAGCCCGUCAAGAAGCCGUUCGCGCACUCCCAAGCGCUCGCUGUCGCGCUCACAGUCGCGCUCCGUAUCGCGAUCCCGUUCCCGUCACCGCAACGGGGAUCACGAUUAAGCGAUUCCCCUCGAUGCAGUAAGAGUACGUCCCUCUGUUGUGUCCUCACCAGUCCGCACAUCUUCAACAGUAAUUCUUGGUUAGGUGGUGGUGCGCUCCUGAGCGAGAUCGUAGAAGAUGAGUGGACCAAGAGGUAGACAUCCCCAUUCAAACUUAACGUAACGCAACCAGAUAGGAAACCGAAGGAAGGCUACAGACCACCGAGUAGAGGAAUGAAGUUAAUAGAAUCGAAAGGCGGACUGCCGGAGAGGGUACAUACUGCAGCGGAGUUGCGACAGGAUUUACAACGUAUAGACACAAGGAGCAACGCGUCACUGGCUAGGAUUUACAGAUUUAGGUCGUAAGAAGCUCAGAAGUUCAAACAACAGCCUCGUCUCUAGUGAGAGGCAUCAACACAUUUUGUCAUGCGUUUCCCCACCAAGUAACGCGUGUAGGUAACAUUUCAUUCGUCGAGCGUGUAUGUGUGUGGUGUGGUUUGUGUUUGUGUGCAUGUAUGUUAGUAUUUGGUCUCUUGAACAUCAUUGAAGCCGCUCCUUCUGGCUAUAAGUUCAACAUACACAACUCACAGAUACGACAGAGCUCGCGUGAGGGCGAGUAAUAGGGUAAAAUUCUUUUACAAAUAUCUGACGCCACGGCGUACGUGUCCUGCACACCUCAUAGAAAAUACGAUUACAUACUGACUAGUAGGGUACAGCCAAAAAACCACUGAUAACACUAAACUGCAGACAGACUCUACUACAGAAUACAACGGACACAAGCGGUUUUAAUUUUCGUUCCGUGUUACCUGCAUGCCUCGUAAGAGAUGGCGACGUCAGAGCGAAGGAUGGCGGGAUAGAACGAACGAUGGAGUACGUCGAUCUCAUGGAUUAACACGGUAGAACGGAACACACAGUUAUUACAACAAGCUGCAUUUUUUUUUUCUCACUUGAAUUUGGUAUCUAUAACACAACAUGUACUAUUUGAUGACGGGACAGAGCGGUAGCGGUAGGAAGUAAGCGAAUAAAUGAAUAAAGUGAAAUCCGAAUAAGA